AUGGCUGAUGACGAUGAUGAAGGAGAGUUUGGUGGCUUGUAUGAAGGCGGACAUUGGGUUUGGGAUGAUACUGUGCAAGCUUUGAUUUUCAUUUCAGAUGAAAUGGGGAAACGUAUUUUAGAACAUGACGUCAAAAUUCGUACGCCACAAAGUGAGAUUUUAGAAAACGAAUUUCGGGAUAAUUUAUCCGAUUUGCGAUUAUUAGUUGCAAAGGAAUAUAGCACAAUGCUCAUAGGUGGUGGUGACACGCGAAAAUUUCAUCACAUGGGUCCACAGAAGAAAAGGAAAUCAUUAUCGGACAAAGAUGCACGACUUUUUGAAACCUUGUUGCGAAUGUGCGUUCAAAUUGUCUGGUUGGCUUUAGGGCGUAAGGCUUUUAACCAGAUAGAACUUGAAGUAAAUCGAAUAUUUAAGUCGGAUAUAUUCAACGCUGUGGAGCAUAAUUUACGCACAGGAUAUUUGUUGAAAAUGGCAAAAGAGGAGCGGGAAGCAUUGCUAGGUUAUUGUAUACACCGUGAUAAGAAGUUAACUACGCGCUCACCACUAUUAAAUGAAGUGUUUUGCCAUAGAGAUAUAGAUUUUCGCACUCUAGGUCUUGGAGUUAUUAAUUAUUUGCAGUAA